AUUGCUGUAAACGAGACUCGCGAUGCACUAGAGUAUCGAUUUCGUUUGUCUGUUAACCCACUACUUAAAUAUGUUUGUUCAAUGUUUAUCGUGUGUUAAAUAUUUAUAUUUGUGAAGCCGUUGUAAAUACAUCCGCAUUCGAAGUGUGGUAUUUAGAUGAUUCAUUUCACAAAAUGAACAAACACGGAAGUUGUUGGAUAUUUAUGAUUUUAGUCAAAUCAGUACUAGUGCAAAGCUGCCCAAGUGCUUCUCCAUACUUCUUCCGACGUCCUGGAGAUCAGGUGGAAAUCAAACUUACAACAACUAUAAACACAAAUAAAGUUAAAACUUAUCAGAUUUGGAACGGGAAUACCCGUUACGUCUCAGUUCCAUUUUAUAACGGAUUUAUUUACGACGAAACGGAGGUUAACUGUCCUAUGACAAAUUGUGAGCUAUCUGGAAAUGUCAGCAACGGAAUCUUUAUCAUCACCCUAUUGGAUCUACAGGCAACAACAGCGGGAACAUUCCAAUUAAAGGAAAUCAACGACAACGUCAUUGCAUCAUGCUCAACAUUAUUCAUUAUUGGACCUCCAAACACGCCUACUAUUUCGUCAAACAAAGACCCAUUCGUCGGUGAGACUGUCACUGUUACUUGCAAAAGCACAUCCACAACCACACCAUCUAACCACGGGCUUCGUAUGUUAUACAACUGGACAAUAUCUGGUCAGAUUAACCCUGUCGAACCCCGUUACACAUACUCUGCUUCCAGAAACCAAAUCGAUAUCUCUAAUGUGCGGAAGACGGAUAAUGUCAUGGUCAUGAAAUGUUCGGCAACUGAAGAUGUAAAUGAUGGAUAUACUUCUGAAACUUCUUCGUUCACGCUAAAUGUCGUUUAUGGUCCAGAUGUUACAAUGAUAAAUGCCACAUCACCUUUUAUCGUAACUGAAGGUUUCACGACUUCAGACGUUGCUUGCACGUCUGACUGCUGGCCUGAAUGUACAAAUAAGUGGUACAAUGACACUAGCAAUGUCAUAAUUACAAAUAAAGGCAGGCUGUCUUUGGGUAGACCCAAUAGAAGUCAAGCUGGAAAUUACACAUGCGUUGCUGAGAAUACCAUUGCACAAAACAACAAACACACGAGUGCUACGUUAGAAAUAGUUGUACAUUAUCCACCUGAUGUUCAUGUUGACUCAGAGAACGCUACAUCAGAUGACAAAGUCAUAUUUCUAAAGUGCAUUGCAAAAGGAGUACCCAACCAUUACACCUAUAACAACUGGGAACAGCGGUGGAUAGGCUCAAACUUAGUUAGGAACUGGCCAUCGAAAGGUUUAUCCGUGUUGAAUCUGAAAGAUCUAACAUAUGAACAUUCAGGAGUGUAUACGUGCUCAGCAAGUAACGGUGUUCCUGGUUCUCCGAAUGCAAUUACAGAUAUGCAAGCAUCAGCUUACAUCUUUAUUAAAGAUGUGCCAGUGGUGUUGUCACCUCCUCUAUCAAAAGAAAGAGUAUAUGUAGUUCCAAGUAAACUUGGCGAUACAAUAUCUGUAAACAUAACGGUAUUUUCCAAUGAUGGUGGCAUUGAAGUUUCUGUUGAAAGAAAUGAUGACAGUGUUAAUCCUAAACCUAUAAGAGCAGUGGUCUCGGAGACAAAAGUGAUGCUUCCAGUGUUUGGUAAAUUGAUUGAAGAAGAUGGUUAUUCAAUCCAUGUUAUCCUUUUCACAGAAAACGCAAAUGAUAUGUCCGAUUACACAGUACGAAUUAAAAAUGAUUUCAAACAAACAAUGCUGCUCAUUGAUGUUAAACCUGAAGGGCCGCCGACCAUUCCGACUCAAUUUGCACUCAAUAAUGUCGAUCAGAAUGCCAUAGAAGCUUCAUGGUUAGCAGAGUUUAAUGGAGGAUUUCGACAAACCUUUGUGAUACAGAUAAGCAUUGAUGAAAUUCACUGGAGUAACGCAUCAAUUCGAACUGAAGACACCGAUAGGUCAAACGAUAUAUACAGGCUAACAAUAAGCAACCUCGACCACUCAACAACGUAUUUUCUUCGACUGUAUGCCUUUAAUGAGCUGGGCCUCAGUGGUUUCACUAGUGUUUUACAAGCCACAACCAGUGACACUCAAGAUCAUGCAUCAAAAGGGGCAUUGAUAGGAGGCAUCGUUGGUGGUUGCACUUCAAUGAUUAUAGCUGUCUUGGUUGCAUCUCUACUUCUUUGGAGAAGGCGUCGAGCUAUUCCGAAGGAGGUUGAAAAUCCUAUGUGUGUUGAAGCCGAAUCUACUAUCACACAAACACCAUCAUUUGCACACGCAACUAGCCGUGGAGAAACACGAACCGAACGAACAACGAUUGACGAUUUAUAUGCUGUUGUUGAUAAGAAUGCGAAAACAUCUGGUAUAUACACCAACUGCAGCGGAGAGCCAAAUGAUAAAAGACAAGGAAGUACGAAGUUGAUAAAUCAUGCUGGACUUGUGUAUGCCGACGUAGUGUUCGACAAACCCGCACUAGAGCAGGAACAGUUCACAAUACAUGGAUUAGAAGACAGAACUGAGUACGCUCAAGUAGACCUUGCCAUAUAAACAAAGUCCCUACACACGAGUGAAGAGGAGAAUUGCGUUCAGCCAAUCGAGUUUUAUAAACAUUGAAGCUUUUAUUAAAGUAUCAAAUACUCAAUUAAUAUUUUAUGCCUGGUAACCCUACAUUUUUGGGUAUGUUUGCAACGGCGUUUAUUAAAAGAACAAGAAUUAAGAAAAUGAUUAAGAAAGAAAAAUAACAUAUUAAGUCCUAUUUGAGUUGAAAAAAUACAGAACAAAACUACAAUGUGCAUCAUCCCUAUCAAUAAUAUAGGUUCAGUCUUAUAAGCUACAUACGUGUACGAAACCAUUGAACAAUACGAUUUCAAUUGAUACCUGUACUAUUUUGGAUCUCCAUGCAUUAAAAUUUAACUUAUUCACAUGACACGACGAAAUGACAAGCAUAUCAUAAAUUGGAUAUCUAGAAUGAAUUCAUUGCAAGAUAAACGUCUUAUUGCUUUGUUUCAAUAAAUAGUACUGCUGGUAAAGUAAACAGAACAAAAUGCUGUAUUUGGUAUCAUUGGUUGUCAAGGAUAUGCUAAUAAAGUUUAUAUUGUAGUAAUAACUGACGAGUUAAACAUCACAUGUUUCCUAGUUAUCAUCCAACUUGUUACUCUGUUCUGUCAUUGAUUCUUGCUUUGAUGAUGAAUGACUAAUACAAGUAAAAUGACAAUUAUUGAUCACUUAGUAAUAGCUCUGUGCUUGAUUGUAUAAUAUAUUCAAAAUGCCUUCCUGUAUGCAUCUUAACAUAUGACCAAGAAAGAACGGUUUUAAGUUUUAUGUUGCAAAUAUCUGUACAUCCAAUAACAAUUUAUCCUAGAACCAAUAGUCCGCGUGAUAAACGUUAUUUUAUUGUGUUUCUUCUGGUUACCUAUUUGCUAUUGACAAUGAGUACAUUUUAUGUGUAUAUGGCCAUGUUAUAUAUUGUUUAGGCAGUAAUACUUUAAACUGCAUCAUCAUGGUUGCCCCUCUGUGUUUAAACAUUUAAUAUCAGUUGAUUAAACUCGACAAUUAUGUGAAGGAAGCACUAUGUAUUCGUCAUGCUUUUUUAAAUAAUUUAUCUUAAAAGUAUUCAUCCCCUAGUAUGCAACUGUUACUUUGCUGUCACAAGCGUGCACAAUUUUAUACAAUUGUAUUGUUUUCUAAGUGCGCUAUUGUUGUUAUACAAUAUGUAUGCUAUUACCAUGUACAUACGCUGUGAUUUGAUAUACAUUAAGAUGUUGAAGAAAUAAUAUACUAUUUUUUGUCGAAUACAAACUUUUUCUUUAAUUUAUUUAGAGCAUAGUGAUUACAUUGUUUUUUUUUGUUGGUGGUCAUACGCUUUAAAAAAAGACCAGCACUGGAUUCAUUUUCCUUAAAUAAUUAUGUUUAUCCUUUGCAUCAUUUUUUGUUGAUCGCUUAUGAACUAAAUUCAUGUUUUGUAUAUUAGAGUGAUGUAUGCAUAUCAUUUGACUUUUGUUUUCGUUAUAGAUUUGUGGAACGCCUCAACUGCAUGAUUCAUUCUAUUUUCAUAGAACGCACUUAAUCUUAAUUGUAUCCAAUUAUAACUUUUGUAUAUGUAAGCAAAAUUAUGAUAUAUAAAGCAAAAAUAUCUAUACAUAAAGAUAAAACGCCAUUAUAUAAAGCUAACCGUCAUAAUAUAAAGCUAUCAUUACAGAAAGCUAAAACUUUACUAUAUAAUGAUCAAAUGUCAUUAUAUGAAGGAAAUGCCUUAUUACAAUGUAUAUUAAGUUGAACAUUUAGGUGAAACUUCAUUACAUAAGCUCUUUUAUAAUAUAAAGUCAAACUCGUCUUAUGUAAAGUAAAAACAUCGUUACAUAAAGUCAAAACAUCAUUAUGUUGAGCUUAAACAUCAUUAUAUAAUGUCAAAACAUCAUAAUGUAGAGCUCUCACGUGAGAUUGUUAUAUGAUCCAGUCAUGUAUUGAGUGUGCGAAUAUUAUAUACAGUUAAUUUGUUAUUUCAUGUUGUCAAACUUUCAUUAUAUAAAGACAAUUUACUAUUACAUGUAUAUUAAUUAGAUUAAAUUUACUGAGUGAAAAUGUCAUGGUCACUGGAAAUUUAAACAACAGCAAUUGUGGAGGAGGGGAGGAACCUGCUUAAGUUGGUGGGGAUUGAUUCCCUAUUUUGAAACUCAUAAUAUAUUGAACAAUUUAUAUUUAUGCUCAACUCUGUACCUUUGACUGACGUUAUGCUUCACAAUUAAGUAUUCUGCUAUACUGCCCUGACAGAAGAGCAAUACAAGUCAUUGUUUAAUCUUGUUCACGUUUUUAUUCAAAUGCCAAACAGAAUUGAUAGUCAGUAACAGUCACAUCCACGUACUUAAAAUUACCUGACCCUGAAAUGUCUCAUUUCUGUAAACAUGUGAUAUUCAAUCAGGGCUCAGUGAAAUAAAAGACACUGUAAGUAUUUCAUUUAAACCAACCACCACACCCUCUUUUUCCACGUUCUUCCUCUAUAACUUUCUCAUUCUGUUCUCGAGGAGAAUCAACGACUUUUGUAUUCGAAUAAUAAAAAUAAACUUAUUUUUAACAUUGUUAAUAACAAAAAAUAUAACUUUUAAAUAAUACAUUGUCUGUGUAUGACGUCUGUAUAAAAUAAACUUAUUUUUAACAUUGUUAAUAACAAAAAAUAUAACUUUUAAAUAAUACAUUGUCUGUGUAUGACGUCUGUAUAAAAUAAUUUCUCUUUUAAUAUUUAAUAAUAUUAAAUAAUAUAUUGGAUAAUGUAAAAUGAUUUACAGUUAACUUAAAUACAACUAUUACUUAAAUAAUUUCAACAAUAUCAAUAUCAUUGUGUCAUCUGCACUGUAAGCUGUUCCAAUGUCCGUUACUAAUAUGUACUUUUGCUUUUGGGAGAAAAUUUAAAGAUAUGUUUUUCUUUCGUUCUAGUUUUUUUUCUCUAGACUGUACAUGUGUUUCUGUUUGUCUUUUAUAGGUAUGUAUACGCUGAUAAAUCAAAAAUCUACCUUGAACUUUUGAAAGAAGAAUAUAAAUUCAUUUUUCUUUUGUAAACGUUUCCGAUACAUUGAUUGAACAAACUGGACAUAGUGACAAUCGGGGAUAAGGUGUGAUAUAGAAGUGCUUUGCUGUCAGUUCCCUAAAGUGCCUAAACAUCGUCAUUGGUUACAGUUAAUAAUAAGGUGUGAUUUAGAAGUGCUUUGCAGUUGUUUCCGACAAUAUUUAUGUAUCAGUAGCACAGUAUUUUUGUCAUAUUUUAAAACAUUGCAAUAGAUAAGCAUAACCUCGA